AAGAAGAAUUGGAAAGGAAAAUAAAAAUAAAAAGUGAAAUAAAAUCGAACAUAGGGUUCCGCUUCUCUUCUCUUCUCUUCUUUAUGCUUCAGUUGUUUUGCUAACAGAGAUUGCCGUUGAAGACUUAAAAGAAAUUCAAUAAUGGCGAACUCAAUGGCAAGGUCGUUCCUUCAGGUUGCGGCAACGGAGGAGGUUGCUUCCCCUCUCCGAGUUGUUCAAAUCGAAGGCGUGGUGAUAUUAAAAAUAAUCAAACAUUGCAAGGAGUUUUCACCUGCACUGGUUACAGGCCAGCUUCUUGGAUUAGAUGUUGGCAGUGUUCUUGAAGUUACUAACUGUUUUCCUUUCCCGAUCCGCGAGGAAGACGAGGAGAUUGAAGCUGAUGGAGCUAAUUAUCAGCUUGAGAUGAUGAGAUGUCUAAGGGAGGUUAAUGUUGAUAACAACACUGUUGGAUGGUACCAAUCAACAAUUUUGGGUUCAUACCAAACAGUGGAGUUGAUUGAGACCUUUAUGAAUUAUCAGGAGAAUAUUAGGAGGUGUGUGUGCAUUAUCUAUGAUCCUUCUAGGUCAAAUCAAGGUGUCUUGGCUCUCAAGGCUUUGAAGCUAUCUGAUUCUUUUAUGGAACUUUACCGAGCUAAUAACUUCACUGGAGAGAAAUUGCGGGAGAAAAACUUAUCAUGGGUCGAUAUUUUUGAGGAAAUUCCUAUCAAAGUCUCAAAUUCUGCACUUAUCAGUGCCUUUAUGACUGAGCUGGAAUCUGAUACUCCGGUCAAACAGUGUGAUUAUGACCGUCUGCAAUUGUCAACUAAACCAUAUAUGGAGAGGAAUGUGGAAUUUUUGAUCGAAUGCAUGGAUGAUUUGUCAAUGGAACAACAGAAGUUUCAAUUUUACUAUAGGAGUCUGUCACGACAGCAAGCCCAGCAACAGGCAUGGCUUCAGAAAAGAAGGACAGAGAACAUGGCUAGAAAAGCUGCUGGGGAGGAGCCUCUGCCAGAGGAGGACCCCUCAAAUCCGAUCUUCAAGCCAAUCCCUGAACCAUCACGUUUGGAGAGCUUUCUCGUAACAAAUCAAAUUGCUAAUUACUGCAACCAAAUCAACGGGGUUGCCGGGCAAAACUUCAACAGAUUGUAUUUAAUGAAGUCCUUGCACGAUAAUUGACGACGAAUUUUUAAUUCAUGGGUAGCUGUAAUAUUCCUUUUUAUCGAUGAACAAGAUAAUUACUUUUGGUUUUUCAUUAAAUCACUUUUUUUUGUUAUCACUAUUGUUUUUGGGGUCAUUUGUUUAGCUUUUACCUACUAAUGUAGGUGUUCAUGGCCAGGCUUGUUUUGUCUGUGGCCCAAAAAAUUUUGUUAGCGAAUUUAAUAUUAUCGCUCGUAAUGGUUACAUUUCGGCCUAUAAUAUUACAUUUUAAAAAGA